CUUCCUUUUGUUGUCUUGAGCUGCUACAUUCCUUUGUGCCCUCCUGAGAUAUUCAGCAGGGCAGAAAGAAGCUAAUACACAAGUGGGAACUUUUCCACAGUUCCUAGACAGCAGCUAAACAAUCAGUCCAAACAUUUAAAAUCACUCCCUGGCAGGGAAAACACAUUUUAUGGUAGAUCCAAACUUUGAAUACACAUCCUCCAAGAGUAAAAAGGAAGGAUAAGAUGCCCUUGGCCUGGAGUCUGGGGUUAAUGAGUGUUAAUGGGUGUCACCUUCUUGGUCCCCGGUUUUUUUUUUAUCUCUUCCUCAUGUGUCCCCCCCCCCCAUUUGGAGCAGCUGGAAUCUAAAACUUCAGGCCCUGUGUAUAAAUAUAGCAGUCUGCCUUCAGCCUUUUUUGAAACUGCAAGAAAGUGAGGAAGGGAAAAGCAAGCCAGAAUUUUUCUAAAAAGGUCAUGUUUUUGUUGUUGCUCCAGAUGAUGUUGCUUUCGUGGCUUGGAACAACAGAGCAAAUGGCUGUACUGCAGAAGAAAAGGAGAUUUCUACACCUCCUGCCUCAAGGCAGAGAUACGCUAGUAAAAUAUCUAAGAGGCCAAGAAGGAACUCUGGCAGAUACUGGUUUGUUUGGGACACCCCUCUUGGCAGAAAUGGAGGGCGAGAGGCAAAAUGGCCCAGAGGUGCCUAGGUUUCUUUUGGCCUAUAAAGAUAGCCAUGCCUCUCAAGAUUUGGGAAACAGAACUUCUUCUGCAAGUGCAUCUCCAGAGAGAACACAAAAUGCUUCUUGCCACCCUCACAGGAAAAGGGAAGCAGAACUGCCCUUCAGGAAAGAUGCCAAGAAGUUCUGGGACCUUUUCAUGUUGAAAACCAAGUCACGGUCUGAUGUGAUUGUCCUUCCAAUCAAGACAAAUGAAAUGUAUCAGGAUACCUGCAGCACCAUCCCAUUCUCUCAGAGCAUUGCACAUGAGAACUGCGAGGAUCUGGUGGUGCAAAACAACUUGUGCUUCGGCAGAUGCAGCUCUUUUCACGUUCCUGGUCUUGAAGACCGCCUUUACACCUUUUGCUCGCACUGCUUGCCCACCAAGUUUUCCACGGAACGUUUGGAGAUGAAUUGCACCACCGCUGCUCCUGUAAUCAAGGUCGUCAUGGUCGUCGAAGAAUGCAAGUGUGAGGUUCAGAAAACAACAGAUCCCAAAAUGGGAUUUCUGCACUCGGAUCUGCAUGCCAAUGUGUAUGAACAAAACUGAGCCUUUCAAAACAAACUUUUCUUAGUAGAUUUUUAUCACUGGCGAGAAUAGCCAGGACUUCAGUUUAAUGCCAACACAACAUCUUGAAGAAGCCUCUGGUACAGUUUGUGCAAGUGUAAGAGAGUGAGUGAGUGAGUGAGUGAGUGAGUGAGUGAGUGAGUGAGAUAGAGAUUCUCCACACAUGAGAUUAAAGAGCUGAGCUGAUCAGCUACUACUAUAGGUGCCCUUUACCUGUUUUUAGGUGCACACCACAGUUUUUCAUGUCUGUAAUUGUGAUUUCUGACCGAAAUUAUGUCCCUGUUUAUUUAUUAGGUGCGCAUAUACCCAGUUAGUUCAGCUGCACUCUGAGCACAACAAUGCAGGAAUGUGUUCAGGGUGCCUCUUAACUGAUGGAGCCACCUAAUUAAUUACCAAACUGGAAAAAGGGGGAUUCUUUCUAUGCAAAUCUUUCUGAGCACUCAUGGGCAAUAAUACCUUGUCAAGCCAUUUAUCCUUCUGUCCUUAGUUCUCUGAAUAAAGCAACCAGAACUCA